AUGACGAAGACUAUUCAAGAUAAGCUGGCCGAGCACUCCAAUUCAGGAGAUCCUCAACUGUUUCAAUAUGUCGGGACGGUGGAAGCAUAUGAUAAUUGGACGAAGGCAGGUUUAGAAGCCAACGAUCGAAACAACUUCUCAUGCAGGGCCCAUGACACAGAUGGAAAUAUCGUUCAACGCCUCGACACAUUUGAGAUGUGGGCCCUGCUUCCUCAAUUCUUGGACAAAGUGACUGCGCGCUUCUCCACUCAGUCGCAAUCAUCUUCGCUGAAGCUAGUCGAUUUCGGGUGUGGUACUGGCAGAAACACCAUACAGCUGCUUGAAGAGUUGUCCAUACUUCGGGAGAGCAGCGAAGCUACUCCUUUCCGGGAGGUUGUGGGUCUUGAUGUGUCACCGGGGAUUCUAGAGGUAGCGAGAAGCGCUAUUCAGACGGCCACGUUGGGUGCUGUGGGAGUCAUUUCUACUCUCGUGCUAGAAUACAUUCCUGCGAAGGAGUUCUUCGAAGCAGCGGCAGCAAGGAUGCUACCCGGCGCCUAUCUAAUGGUAACCAACAUGCACGCGGAUAUGGGUGCAAUUCGCCAGGCGCGGUUCACGGACCCGCAGAUUGGGAUUAAAAUCAGACCCACUAGCUAUUGUCACUCUGUCCCUGAGGUGCUAGCGGCGGCCGAGAAAGCCGGAUUCAAGGCUGAGAACUUACUUAGCGAGGAAGGAGAAUAUAGUGUUCUGCAAAGGGCAGUUGAUCAGCAAUUAGGUAAGGCAUUGGGUGCACAGGCGAAGAAGUGGGUUGGGAUCAAGGUCUGGUUUGGGGUCUGUUUCAGCAAAAUAAAAGCAGGAAAUCUCUGCCUGAGACUCGGUGGAGAGUAUGAUUCCUAUUCCUGA